UUACCGUAAUUUAUCCGGAUUCUAACGCCGGGGCGGAGGUCGGAAGAUGUUUCUGAGCGCUCUACUGUUCGGUGCGCGUUCAACGCCGGGAAAGCAGUGGAUCGGCAAGCACAGAAGAACGUGGAAGAUGACGGCCACCAGACGAAAGAACACCAGAGACAGAGAGAAACUCGUUCGAGAGGUGGAGGAAGUUCUCUCACGGCCAUAUCUGUCUCUGGAGCAAGAGCACAGACACUCAAUGGAGAGACGGAAGGAGUACGUCCCUAUGUUUAUGCGUCGUCAGAGAAACAAGUGGCUGAAGAGGGAGCAGCUGCCUUUUUCGUCUCUUGUCAAACACGGAAACUAUUAGUCUCAUUUGUGUGUGUAUAAUUAUGUAUCCAUGGGACUUGUCAUAAAUAAUAUCUCAAUCUGUCACUUUGUACAAUUUUACGUUUGAAGACAUUGAUUUCCCAAUCUGUCGACAAUAAAGCAUAACGAAGCCAAUAUUGCACAAUAAUGUGUACAUUGUCAUUGAGUGAUUACAUUGGAUCUUAUACAGCAA